AUGUCUGCUCCUAUGAACACCGAUGAGGUUGAGAAGGCCAGCCAGGGAAGCAGCUCCUGGUUUACGAAGAAGCUGAGCCGCAAGCUCUCUCACAGCCUUUCCAAAGACUCCGCCACCAAGGAAACCACUACUCAGGAGACCACCACCAGCGAAGGUGGAAUUGGCCAGCAAAUGAUGGACAAGGGCCAAGAAAUGAAAAGCGAUCUUACAUCCGGCAACUUUGGUAGCAUUCAAGAUGCUGCAGGAAAAGGAGAAAAUAUUAAAAAUGCCGCUACCCAAGGCGAUGUCGCAGGAGCUAUUGGAGAAACAGGAUUGAGCAAGGAGAAUAUCAACAAGAAAAACGCUGAAAGUGUCGGCCAACGUCUUUUUGGUCAUCGGGGAAGCUUCAGUAUUGGAGGCUUUGGACCGAAUCAUGAUAUCAAAAAGGGUCCCAUUACCGAAGGGGAUCAGAGAGAUACUGGCCAGGAACUUGUUGGGGCUACUGGCGAGGGCUCUGCCUCUGGAUCUGGAGCUGGUGCCGCUAGUAUGAGCACUGGUGCUGGAUUGCUUGGAGUCACUACAUCUGGAACUGGCGCGUCCAAAUCGGUCGGUACAUCUGGAGCUCAGAGAUCUUACGCCAACACCCUUGCUGGUACCGACUCUGGAACAACCCAGGGAUUGACCGGCAAACCUGGUGUAGCUGGUGGAGUCUGGGGCGGCAAUUCCAUCGACCAGGAACUCGAUAACCAGGCUCAUAUCAGCUCGGAUGUUUUUGGUGACAGGAAUGGUCUCCAGAACACUAUGAAAAACAACAGCCACGCCUAUACAACUCCCGGAAUCGAGCAGAAGCUUGAGGAGAGAAGAAGGCUGAGUACAGGUAAAAUGGAACAUGCAAAACCUAAGUCUUCGCAUCAAGGAGGAAACAGCCAAGCCGCUGCCGGUGGUGCUGCCUUCGGUGCUAUUGGCGGAAUGGGCAAGGGUGGUGUCAGCCAACAAGCCAGUUCAGCUGGAGCGACAAGCAAGGGAAUGACCACCCAAGGCCGCAUGCUAGGUGCGCCUGGAGGAGGCAUCACGCAAGCUGUGGGCCAGAAGGGUGCCAGCAAAGGUGGUCUCACUCAAGGAGGUCUUGGAACAGGCGCAUUUGCUGGUGGCAAGACAUCCUCUACUACUCGAACUGUUACCAACUUCAGUGGAACCAGCUGCAAGGUCACUGUGCUUCAAGAGAAGGUUCAGUCCGUUUCUCAGAAGUGCAAGACCCAGCUUGGUGGCUCUGCUGGCGAGAUUAGUCUGCGCAGUCCCACUGUCGAUGCUUUCUUCGACGCCGUGGCCGCGGAGCGUCUUCGCUGGAUGCCUCGUGACGGAAGCAGACUUGAUUGUUGUCUCAGAUGGGCUUCUAGACUGGCUUAUGCAGUCGACCAUCUCCGAGAGUCAAUCGGAGCAUUUGCUCCAGGAGCGAAUGAAGCAGCAAAGCUUAUCUGGGGAUUCGAGAUCAUGCUUCUAGAGUCUGAUAUCGAUAACACGGAUCUAUUCGAAAGCGUUUUCGGUAGAUAUGGCCGUGUUGCCGUGGGCAUUCGCCUGUUGUUGCAGUAUGAAAGUGUGUACAAGCCUAACAUUGAACUGCAACCUGAGGCCGCUGCAGUCUUUGCAGAUCUUCUGGAGAUGGUCUGUAGUACUACGACCAGCUUUGUCGAAGGAUACAAAGCCAAGGAAUCCGAUCAACUUAUCGGGUAUAACGUGGACGCAGCCUUCGUCACAUACGCUACCCGAUACUCGACACACUGGAAUGCUAUCGUUGAAUCGGCAACUUCAGCCGUCGUUCACCAGAGCACUUUGAUUUGGUCUAGUCCCGAGCUGGGUAGUCUCCGCCAAUUCCUUGGUGUGCAGGACCGCCCACUUCAGUUCAUCUUGGACUCUCGGAGUCAUUCUCUAGCUGAAGGCUCGUUUGAGUGGUUUAAUAACACUUUGUAUGACUUCACCGUGGGCAAGACUCCAGUGAUGAUGAUCAAUGGUGGAGCUGGCUCUGGAAAGAGUGCUUUGGCACAGUGGACUGUGGACCGAAUGCAGGAGUCCUCUGAACAUGAGGGCUGGAAUGUAAUUCCGUACACAAUCCGUGCCGAUAUCCCUGUUGCAACUUUGCCUUUGCGCAUCCUGAAAGGCAUUUUGCAUCAAAUGCUAGACCAUUGCGUCCUCGAAAAGAGUAUUCAGGAGGAUAUUCUCUUCCAUGUCGCCAAGGCAGCACAAAGUGCUCUUGAUGGUGGCAGUGAGACGGAGGUCGAAGAAAGCCUUUGGAAGGGUAUUCGUACCGGUCUGGAGUCGGAUAUCCAGUACAUGUUUGUGGUGGACGGUCUCGACCAGAUCAAGGGUGGCGAGGCCGAUGCCACUGCAUUCAUGGACCAAUUCAGCGAUGUGCUGGCUCAGCAGAAUGAGGGAUCCAAAAUGAUCGUCUUCACUCGGCCUCUCAAAUCGAAAAUGAGUUCCAGGACCAUUCAACAGUUUGCGAUGCAGCCAUCUCAGACCAAGACUGAUCUCGUGGCCUACGUCCAAAAGAAGCUUUCAUCUGCAUUUAGUUCUGAUAGUACAAAGGGUAGCCAGCUUGAGGCAGCAGUACAUACUAUUGUCAAUCGCUCCCAGGGCUCCUUUAGCUGGGCAGAAAUGGCAGUUGAGUAUGCUCGUCAGCAGCGGACUCUAGGUCAGGCCAUCCAGUCUGUGCAAGGCCUACCACAAUCCAUGUCUGAGCUGCUUGAUUUCCACGUGAAGAACCUGGAUCUUAGCCAGAACGAAGCAAAAUACAUCAUGUCCUGGCUCGCUGCUUCUGAGAGACCCCUGCUCGUCCAGGAGAUUGAGCAGCUCUUGGCCGUUGAUCCGGUGACUUCAACUUUCAGCUCCCGCGUCUCGCACACUAACAAUAGUUGGAGUAAGGCAUUGAGCCCAGUGGUUAUGACCCGCGAUGGCGUCGUCUCGUUUGCACACACCUGCAUCCGCGACCAUGUCAUCAAGAAGGCUCGAUCUGCUAGUACCAAGGCCGCGCUGAAUCUCAAGGAGGCCCACUAUGACCUGCUUACAAGAUGUCUUGCUUGGGUGCAGAUGUCUGUGCGAGAGGAUGCUGAGAUAUCCAUGGACAAACUGAGCAUGGAAGAGAGAAACCAUCUCUUUGACAAAUAUGUGAUUCUCGAGUACACUGCCCGCUACUGGCUCUCCCAUCUUCUCUCUUCACCACUCGUUACCGACGAGGGCGAGUUCUCAUUCAACGAAAACUUCGUCAAUCUACUCCCACAGACGGUUCUUUUUGCUCGUCUUGAAUUGACCUGUCGAGAGUCGCAGUUUACCCGCUCAAGCGUGGUUGAGCUCUACCGAUUGGCCACCGAUAUUCGUCGACUGGUCUUUGGUGAGAAAUCUAUGUCACUGCUUCAGAGCCUUCUGCUCAGUGCUCGUGUCGCCGCGUAUGCUCAUGCUAGCCAUGCCGAUGAACAUUGCUACGAAGCAUGGAAGCUCAGCCAAGAGCUCCUGGGUCAAUCUGAUACCAUCACUCUCAUCUGUGCGGAGAUGAUGACCCAGUCAUUCACUGAGCAAGGCACAAUGACUUCUCAGCAGGAGGAUACUAUGAAAUACCUGAUCCUGACCGAUUCUGAGAUCACUGGAAUAGAAUUCAAUCAGCGACUCAGGUACCUCGGAAUGAUUGUGGGAAUCUAUAAGUACCGCGGUGACAAUACCUCUGCGCUCACGAUCUCCAAGCAGUUCUACCAACAGGUGCUGCAGAAGUAUGGUACCAACUCAAGCCAAUCUUCGGAGACUGCCGACUUCUUGACUACUCAGUUCUCCGCAACUGGCAGCGACGAGAUGAGUCGUGACAUCGCGCGAACCAAAUACGAAAAUGUUGUUCGUACAAUGGAAGUCACCGAUGAGCGUCGAAUCAAGUAUACUCUGUAUAUGGCGCAGCUGUACGAGCAACAGGGUGAGCGAGCUCAGGCUCAAGGUGUGCUCUCAAGCCUGUGGGCCGGUCUCAACUCUCGUGAUAUCGACUCUGUCGAUAUGAUGGACAAAAAGGCAAAUGUUGCCCUUGUCUACUACCAGUUCCUGCGCCGCCAGGGCAGAAACGAUGAGGCUGAACUCAUCAUUCGUGAGCUUGUGGCUGACCUUGAGGUCACCGGUGUCCACUCUCAGGAAAUGAUGCAGCGUGUACAGAUGCUUCGUGCUGAGACUCGCGAAAUGCACAUGUACAGUCUGGAUCGCUCUCUGGCUAUCCUGAUGUGGCGCUACUACAAGGAGACCAACAUGGAGUACUCUACCGAAGCGGUUACCCUGGCCAUGUCACUUGCUGAGGGUAUGGCCAAUACUGUCUCUAUUGAGGAUAGUAGAUCGUUGUCUGGAAGAGACCGCAGAUUGAUGGUUGAGCUUCUGGAUUCCAUUACGUCGUCAUCCAGCAACCUCUCCGUGUCUACAUUGAUCUUAUGUCACAACCUAUCCAGCAUUUACGUCCGCGAGGAAGACUGGAUUGAGGCUAGUGACUGCUCCAAGGCUGUUCUGCAGCACCUCUGGCCUACUGUCGAGCAGGGUGGAUCUCACAAGAAAUUCACCACUGAGCUGGCUCCACCGAUCGCUGACCUGGCUCUCAUCCUUGCGUAUUGCCACUUCCGCAGAUUGCAUCUGGAGCAGGCUACUAUUGUCUACGAGAAUGCUUUUGGAUCGCUCCUCACCUCGGAUCGAGUUCCCGUCCCCUCUGUUCUCGCUGUAGCAAAGGCUGUCGUUGAAUUCUACGAGACUACGUUCCAGUUCACCAAGGCACUGACUCUCCUGCACUCGGUGAGCAACUUCUUGACCAUCAGAUUGGGUGACACGCACAAGCACACUAUCGAGAACUUGUAUCUUGAGGCUGCCCUUGCCAACCGUCUGGAGAUGAGCCAUGAGGCCAAGAGUACGUACCAGCGUAUCUACAAGUGCACUACCAGUAACGGCAAGAUUGCGCCAGAGGGAUUUGAAGCUGCUAUGGCACUUGUGGCUCUUUACGAAAAGGAGCUUCAGUGGGAAGCUGCUCUGGACAUCUAUCGUCACCUGUGGCCUACACUUGUUGUUGAAGAUAGCAUGCACGACUAUGAUCGCAUCACCGUCGAGAGAAUGCUCGAGAAGACAUACAUGGGCUACAUGUCUAUUCUGACUACUCGUACUAAGCUCAGCGACUUCUCUGAGCGAUACAAGGUUGCCUCUGAGUACGUGACAAGCUGCCGCAAUGUCUAUGGUCCUACCCACCAAAGGACUCUUAGUGCGACUCUGCUCUUCGCUGAGCUGUGCGAAACAAGUGACCCACAUACAGACCAAGCUAUCAGUCUGUACAAGAAGCCUCUUCAGACAAGUGAAUGGAUACCACUUUCCCAGUCCUCUAAGGGCCUGGACCAGAUGACUGCUCCGCUGCCCAUCACGCUGAAACACAAGCUCGCUCAGCUCUUUGUCCGCAAGCGCGAUUCAACCAACGAAGCUCGAUCCCUUUACACGGAGGAGUUCCAGCUGGCGAAGAAGACUCAGGGCUUCUUCUCUGUAACCACUCUUUCCUGGCUUCGUGAGCUAGCCCUCGCCCACUCCAGACAGGGUACCUCCACCUCCGUGCAACAAGGCAAUGCUCUCUUGCAUACCUACGUCACAGACGUGCUGCAUGCCGGCGGAGAGACCAACAUGAUGAUGAGCUGGGCUCGCAAGAUCGCAGCCAUCUAUCUCGAAUGUGGUUUCAUCGAUGGCGGUAAUUCUGUCCUUGAUGAGCUUCGCCAGCGUGUCGUCUACGGCUCUGAUACCUCCGCACUAGCGCUGAGUGACAGAAGGGAUGCUGUAUUCACAGCUGCGUUCGAAGAAGCCUUCGGUAGACGCGCAACCUACGAUCAGAUCAUGAGCGAGAUGGCCCGCGAGAUGCGAACUCACCAAGCCUUCACAAAGAACCUCUCGGGUCAUGAUUUCAUUCCCACGCUCAUCUCCGGUGACAAAUUGGCAACUCUACAGUCCGAGCAGAAGCGCACACGUGCUGCCAAAGAAACCCGCAGCAAGCUGUACGAGUACUUCUGUGCUACGCUCUCAGCGACAGCUAUUGCAGACCGCGAUAUUGUCAAGCAAUUCUACGCCAUCUGUCUUCGCCAGGUGCACACAGACAACUACAACAUGGACAUCCUCACCACGACGACCAGUUUAGUUCACGAUCUAUGCAAUGCUGGUAGAUUCAAGGAUGCAAGUGACCUAACCGGUGUACUGCAUUCCUUCCUCCACCUAACAGAUGGACUGAAUUCAUACGAGAGCAUUAUCACUGGCACGAAGCUUUGUCUAUACCUCAGCGGUCAUCAAGCAACACGCUGUCAAAACGAAAAGCUCUUCACAGAAAUGUCCGUGAAAUCCAAACUUCUCCUGCAGGAACUUCUUCUCUCUUCCAAGAACAUCGGUAUCCAAAUCGUGGAUCUCCCCUUCCACGAACUAAACGAUAUCAUCACCCUCCUGGGUGAAUACGAAAUGUUUGACGAUCUCGAAACAAUUCUAACCCAACUCUGGACAUCCCGAAUCGUGCAACGAACCUGGACACCAGAUGUCGUAGUAUGGAUCGGACGCCGACUCGUCGAAACUCGAUUCUGUCGCGGCGCAAUCGACUCCUCCAUCCAACUCUGUCGCGAUAUCUGCUACAAUCUUCGCCAAGUCUGGGGAAGUUACGAUACAGUGACUCUAGAAAUGACAAAACUUCUAUCGGGACUAUUUACCGCAUCCGGAGACCACGCCUCAGCGGCAACAUUGCACGAAGGUGUAUUGCACGAUCUGAUGAGCGAUUCGGACGCAACCACGCACCCAGAAGCGCUGGAUACUGCAUCGCAGCAUAUUGAGCUUAUGAGACGCGCUCAGAGUCGUAUGGGUAGCCAGCGUAGCGCGGCAAGAACAUCUGCGCAUGCGGAUCUUGUGGCGCAGGUUACGGAAAAGUUUGGGUUGAAGGAUACGCAGUUGAAGGCGCAUGGCGGAGAGACAUUCGGUGUUUGGUCUAAGCCAAGAAGGUUUAGUAUUGAUAUUGAGGAUUUGGAUGAUCAGGGACAGAUGCAUCAUAAUCAUCUGCGUGAGUCGAGUGGAUCGGGGUUGAUGAGUACUUCUGGUGCGAGGAGGAUUUCUGUGCAAGCUCUGUAA